UAUGAUCAAAAUACUUUUCUUUCUACACUAAAAGAUUGUUGAUAAGCAGACAUUUGAACUUUACGCUAUAGACGCCUGUCUUUAUAAAAAUGAUCCCCCUCUUUCUGAUUUUCUUUAUACAUGCAAUAAAAUAGUUAGACAUGGUUUCGAAAAGUUUAUUCACAAAAAGGCGCCAUUCUGGUGAAAAAUGUGUUUCCCGUUCCUGUUCACCAAUUCUUAUUUACUUAAUCUAAUCAUUUACACCAUUCUCUUGUUUUUCUUUUCUUCCUUUUUGUGUGUGCAAGCUGUUCUUAUAGAUCUGAACAAAUAGUUAGUUGCACGAAAGCAGCUAGUUAGAAAGGUUUGAAGAUGAUGAUAAAAAAUUAUGCAGGGAAGAAAACCGGAUUUAUUUUCGAAAGAAUAAGUAGGAAGUUUGUUAGUAGCAUGUGCAAAAUGUGUCUGCAAAAUAAAAGAUAACAGAAAAGUCUAGCUCGUAAAGGUUACAAGUAAAAUUGUUAAAAAGAAAUCAAUAACUUUCUUUUACCUUAGGGCUACUAGAACUACUAUCCUGGUCAUAAUUAUUUGGAAAAUCGCACUUUUUAGCUAUUUUAUGAAAUGCAAAACAACAUCGCCUAUCGAUUGCUCCGCUGCCGGAGAUUGUGAAAUUUCUUCUUCGGCAGAUGUGUAGCACGGGUAAGGAAGGUUGAAAAUGCUUAGUUGCAGUUUCUGCGAUGUCCGUAUUACAAACUCAAUGCCCUACGAAGGUCUAGAAAAUCGAGAAAGUAGAUGAUGUUGACGUCAUCAAGAAUUAUGACAGUUUAAAUUGCUAACCAAAUAACCAAAACCAAAUCAGUUUUAGGUUUGUUGUGAACAUUCAUAAGUGAACUUUGACGAGUUUGUAGCUUCAUUUUAAAACGGUCAUUAAUUAUUGCUUGUGGGUAUGUAUGAUCUUAAAAGUUAAAAUAUUUAUUCUAAAUGGAAAAUUGACGUUAAAUAAUUGCUUGCAAAUGCCACUUUCUUAGUCAUAUCCACUUUUGUUUUUUUCAUAUGUGCUAAUAAUAAAUAGUUUAAAAACAUGUCAACCUUUGGCAGGCUUAAAAUUUGGUACAAACAUGAUUUUGUUACAAACGUGAUUUAGCUGUUAAUUAGCAAUAUGUUUUCAAUCAAUCUGAUAAAUUCUGAACCUCCUUAAACUUAUUAAAUUUAUAUAAAAAUAAUUUACAACUUAAACGUUUUGAUAUGCAAUAAUAUAUAUUUACAAUUAAUUCUACUACUAGCUUUAGUAAAGAGAGUGAAGCGAAAUCUGUGACAUCUAAUUUUCUGACCAGUUUCGUUUGAAUGCUUUUCUAACUAACGUUUGGAUUUUUUUAGAAUUAUAUUAGUAUAUCAAGCAGAACAAUUAUGGAACUUCAUAUUUAUUUUACAUUGAUAUCAUCAAUAAUCACAACUUUACAAUGCCAAGCGCAAAAGCAGAAACAAGAUAGACGUCUGCCGUCAACUAAAGAAGACAAUUUUGAUCUUAACUCUCGACAUGGCGGUAAAUACUUUAAUCAGGUGGAACAUUACUCGGGACAGAACGCAUUUAGAAAAGCCACUGAAGAAGAGCUGAACGACGUCGAGCAGAUGUUAGCUGAACUGAAAAGUUUUGAUAACAGUAAAGCUAUCGAAGAGGCAAAAGACGUUAAAGAUAUACACAUAUCUAGCAAUUUUCUAACCCAUGAUGAAGAGAGCAAGAGAAGUUUACUUCAAAAUGUCUACAAACAAAUUCAACAUGCAAUCCUUGAUGAUCAAGAAAGCGAGAAAAGAUCAAAAGAUUAUCGCACUUGUAAAAGCAGAUGCAAAACGAAAUUCACGCAGUGCAUUAAUAUUGCUAAAACAUUAAUGGAGGAUCCAUCAAAUAGUUUUGACUUUAUAGCUCAAUUUACAAAAUGCAGUAAAAUAAAAACAAAAUGUUGUAAGAAUGUUUGACGUAAUGAUCUCUAUAUUUACUUUUAGCAGUAGUAAGAAACGUUGUAUUCAUUCUAUUUACAUCAUCCACGAAAUGCUAAGUCAUAUCACAAGAAAAAGCGAUUUUUCUUAAUCAUGUUCUUUAGUUGUUAAUUGGUAGAAGAUACAACUUUCUGAAAAGGUUAAAAUUUCUAUAAACGGGAUCUAAGUGCGACAUAAACCAUGAUUUUUAUUUUUAUCAAGUUUUUGCACCUAAAAUCGCAGUUCGCAAGAGCUUUCUCCAAAACGCGAAAGUUUGUUACUUAAAGGCUCGUAAUCACCCUUAUCGAAAAAAAUUAACAUAUACAUUUUUUUUAUUUACUUCAAAGUUCAGACGGAAUUAUGACUUUCCUGAGAAAUUUAAGGAUUUAAAACUUACUAGAAAUGGAAAUAAUGGUACUUUUAUAUCUUGAA